AUGAAAAAUCACAGUCAAGGGGAAGUGAAGGUGAACCAGAAGAAGAGUACAACAGCGGGAUCUACACUGGAGUAUGUUGACAACAGCCCACAAGAUAGAAAGGAAAACAAACAGCGGAAUCUUCCCGAGCCAAAGAAAUUGGUAUCAGCAUCAGUAUCAGCAUCUUCAGAAAAAAGACCUGUAGAAACAUCAAAUUAUAUUCUCACGGGAUCGCCUAAACGUAAGGCCCCGAUAUCAAACGGUGUGGUAGUAUCCAACGUUCAAAAUGACAGAAAUAAUAAUGUUAAUAAUAAUAAUAAUAAUAAUAAUAAUAAUAAUAAUAAUGGCAAGAAGAAUGGGGUGACGUCUUCCACAAAACCGCUGCAGGCAGCAGCAGCAGCAGCGCCUGAGAAAGUGAACCACACAAAUAAACAACAACAACAAGAAAAACAAGAAAAACAACAACAGCAAGAAGAACAGCAAAUGUUCGGUAAAUCAGAAUACAUGGAUUAUCAGUGGGAUUACAUGAUGUAUUGUUUUUCUCCCGAUGAAACUAGUGGUGAUGUGAAGGAAGAACUGAAUGAGGAUGAUGCCUCAACGGAUGACUUUUCAGCAUCGAGUACAGAAGAAGAAGAGGAAGAAAUAGAAGAAAUAAACGGAAAUGAAGAAGAAGAGGAAGAAGAAGAAGAAGAAGUGGAUGAUGCGAGAAGUCGGUUUGAUUCGGUGUAUAUAUAUCAAUACUCAUUCGAUCCAAAUCCCUUAUCAGAGCAAGAAGAACUACAACAACUACAACUACAACAAUGGCAAUCUACUGUGAAUACCCCGUAUUCCACAUUAAUAAAAGGUCCAUACUAUAACUCUCAGGAAAACGGUGUGAAGAACUCAGUUUUAUCUGUAAUGAAUGGAACUCAAAUGAUAAGUGUAACUCCAUGCCGAAAGGCAAGCCGUGAGACUUCUUCCUCAAUACAAUCUCCGCAUAUUACUAGUAGAAACUAUGAUAAUAAGAGAGUUUCCACACUUCAGAUACUCCCCGAAGGUAUCCCACAGAAGCAGCUCCAGCAACAACAACAACAACAACAAGAUGAAGAUGAUGAAGAAGAAGAAGAUGAAGAUGAAGAAAUAGAAGAAAUAGACGGGAAUGGAGAAGAAGAGAUGGAUGAAUCGAGAAGCCGGUUUGAGUCGGUGUUUAUAGACCAAUAUUCAUUUGAUCCAAAUCCCCUAUCAGAGCAAGAAGAUGAAUUGCUAUGGCAAUCUACUGUUGAUUCCCCUCGUCCCAUAAAUAAACAGAAAUGGUUAAAAGAUAUUCAUAAGAGUUUUAAACAAGUAACAUCUCCAAACUGGUCUUAUCUAGAUAAUAUUACUCCUCCUGUGAAUAUGAAUGGUGGAACUGGGCAAGAACGGGAGGAACAACCGCGGCCCUCUACAGGGAAUAACAAAGAUAAGGGUGAAUACCCAACAGAGAUGCCAGUUUUUAUGAAUGAACGAAACAACAUUGCAGUUCGCAGAAGGAAUGAUGGGAAUAGAAACUAUAUACAAGAACAGGAUUCCCCACGUCCAUCCAACUGCUCAGCGCCAGUGCUGAGAGUCUUUCCCAUGACAUCAUCCACGGAAUACAAGUGUAGAAGAACUCGUUAA